AUGAUGAAACCCUCAAAAUUUGAAGAUCAGAUAGACUUUGCAACUACGAGUGUAGUGCCAUUCAACAAGUUGGUGAAGCUUGUUGGCCGUGCUUUUUAUGAUGAUAAACAUGAUAAUAAACCCGAGAACCAGCGGGGGAAUGCUAGAAGUAAUAACAAAGGGAUGGCCAUUGUGAUCCUUGAUGCUCUGACAAGACGACUAUGGGUUAGAGAGGAUGAUUUGGCGAAGGAUUUGAAGCUGAGCCCUAAACAAUUGCGCCAGACUUUAUGUUAUUUUGAGGAAGAGAAGCUAGUAACAAGGGUUACUCGAAGAGAGACGGUAAAAGCUGCACAGAGAUUUAAUGCUGCAUUAGCUAACACUGCUGAUGGUCAUGGGGAAGAGGGGGAAGAAAAGAAGAAGGUGCAUACCCAUUCUUACUGCUGUCUGGAUUACUCGCAGAUUUGCGAUGUUGUAAGGUACAGACUUCACCAUAUGAAGAAAAAGUUGGAGGAUGAACUUGGCUGUGGGAAUACAGUUGAGGAAUAUGUAUGCUGUGGUUGCAAGAGGAAGUACAAUGCAUUGGAUGCGCUUCAACUAAUUUCCCCAACGGGUGAGGGGUUUUGCUGCGAAAACUGCAAUGGGGAACUCAAAUUAGCUGCUGAUGAAAUGGGUGGUGGAAAUGGUAACGCAAGAGGGAAUAGACGCGAAAUGUUGAAGGGCAUGCUUCGAAAGAUGGAGGAACAGCUGAAACCAUUGCAGGAUCAACUCAAGACAGUGGAGCGUUUAACUUGUCCUGAAUUUCGUACUCUCGAAGAGUGGGAAGCCCUAGCCAGUGCCGCACAUAGAAAUGCUACUGAUCCAUCCAAGUCUUCUCAAGAAUAUGUUGGAACACUUUUGCCAUUUAUUAGCGCUACAAAGGUUGACGUUGAGCUGUAUGGUGCGGCAGUGAAAGAAGAGGAUAUCAAACCUGAGGUUGGACUGAUGAAAGUCUAUCCUCCUUGGAUGAUCCAGCAAGGCAUGUAUCUCACAAAGGAGCAACGUGGAGAAGUUUUGUCUUCUGAUCGUCAGGUUGGCAUGAAAUCUAAACGCGAGGACGUUCAAUGGGAAGCUGCCCGGACAACAGGAAUGGCAAAGUUAUACGAUGUGAAGGCUGAAGAAUCAGAGGAGGAUGAGAUAGACUGGGAGAAUGGUUAA